CCUCACGCCGCCUAUAUCUUUCAAUUCACGUGCGACUUAGUCACUAGGUAAUUGCCAUUCAUCAUAUUUGUCCAUUUUCUCCAUCUGGAUAACUACAUAGUUAGUCUUCUUCCUAGAGCGAACUGACUGGGCCUUGCUCAUUCUACGCAGGCUGCUCCAGUAGGUAGUGCCUGGCUCUUCGUUUCCCUACCGUGGCGCUCUGCAGGAUCAUCACGACGCAACUACCACCUUGAGCACAGAGCGUCGCAGGAAGAUCAUACCUUCCUUGGAUGAGCCUGGAUACAGUUGUGUAUUUACGUGCCAAGGAUAACAGUUUCUGAAUGGCUUCGGGAGUUGAACAAUUGCAAACAUGACACUGGGCGCGCUAACUUCCAGUUUGGAACGGCUUCGGCUCCAGGCUGAGAACCUCGAUUCUACGGUCAUUGAUGAUCUGAUUGAACAGGAAAACGAAGCAGUAGAUGGCGUGCGCUCUCGUAAGCGGGCUCGUCAGAGUGCAGAUGACUUGAAGGCUGAGUUGGAGAACGAAUUCUUGACACCCUCGCCAAGAUUCAGUCCAGAAUGGCUGAAUCGACUACAAAAGAGAUGGGAUGUCUCGACAGACUAUACAGACCUUUUCGAGAUUGCUCCCACGCAGACUCGUACGAUCAUUCGCUUCACUCGUGAGGGGCUGGAAGGACGUGUGACGGGCUACCGCGAAGUAACAGUGCCUGCUGCCAGUGCAACGGCCAAGAACUCGACGUCACUGCUUCGCCGGCCUGCUAACCGCUCUGACUUUGUCAGGGGUGCUGCAGGAUUCUUUCCAUUUGCGCCUGGCGGUCUGGAUGGCGUGGAGGCUAUUGCGGAAAUGGAAGCUGACUCUCAACUGUCAGGAGAUCGUCAGCGAUCAUCUGGCAAGAAGUCUGGCCUGGAUCGCAUUAUCAACUUUGGUACCGAAGGCGGACUUCUUGAAAUUCCGCCUGGGUUCUCGCGCGGGCUCAAAUUCGAAAAGGCUAAGUCAAAGGAGGCUGAAGAGGAUGACCGAGAUGUCGAAGUUACCCUUGAACAAGAAGAGAGCGAUCUCGCUCGUGACAAGGAGGAAAGUCCAGCGGAGGUCGACAGAAAGCCAGAAGCGGAAGAGGAAGAAGCGGAAUACAGCGAGGAAGAAGAAGAUAUUGAUUCCCUUCUACCUGUGGAAUUUCCCGCCCUGGAACCUCGUGGGCAGCUUCUCCCUGGGACAAUUAAGAAAGGAGGUAGGGAAUGGGCUCACGUUGUUGAUGUCAACAAGGAUAUUCCGAAUUUCCAUGAGCUUGUGCCAGAUAUGGCGAGAGAAUGGCCGUUCGAACUGGAUACGUUCCAGAAGGAAGCUGUCUACCACCUUGAAAGCGGCGACUCUGUGUUCGUUGCAGCACAUACUUCGGCAGGAAAGACGGUCGUGGCAGAGUAUGCUAUAGCAUUAGCAGCUAAGCAUAUGACGAAAGCCAUCUACACUUCUCCCAUCAAGGCGUUGAGCAACCAGAAGUUCAGAGACUUCAGGAAUACGUUCGACGACGUGGGUAUCCUUACGGGAGAUGUUCAGAUAUCUCCUGAAGCAAGCUGUCUCAUUAUGACAACGGAGAUUCUCAGAAGUAUGUUGUACAGGGGAGCUGAUCUCAUCAGAGACGUCGAAUUCGUCAUCUUUGACGAAGUUCACUACGUCAAUGACCUGGAGAGAGGUGUCGUCUGGGAAGAGGUGAUUAUCAUGCUUCCAGAGCACGUCACCUUGAUUCUGCUUUCCGCUACAGUUCCAAACACUUAUGAGUUUGCAUCUUGGGUCGGUCGGACGAAGAAGAAAGACAUAUACGUUAUCUCAACGCCGAAACGUCCAGUGCCCCUCGAGCACUAUCUGUGGGCCGGCAAGGGCAUGCAUAAAAUUGUCGACUCCAACAAGCGGUUCCUUGAACAAGGUUGGAAAGAAGCAGAUAAUAUUUUGUCUGGAAGAGAUAAAAUCAAGGCACAGAAAGCAGCUGAAGCACAGGCCCAAUCCCAGGCGAGCCAAAGAGGUGGUCAGCAGGGGAGAGGACGAGGACAAGCCCCUCGAGGCAACGGACAGCGCGGCGCAGCUCAGCGUGGUGGUCCCCAGCAAAGAGGUAGAGGACAGCCUUCGAGUCGAGGAAGCGGAAAUAUUGCACGGACAGGACGUGGAAGUGGGAGAACUACUGCUGCCCAGGACCGAAACCUGUGGGUUCACUUAGUGCAACACUUGCGAAAGGAGAACCUACUGCCAGCAUGUAUAUUCGUUUUCUCCAAGAAGAGGUGUGAGGAGAACGCGGACUCAUUGUCCAAUCAGGACUUCUGUACCGCCUCGGAAAAGAGCGCUAUACACAUGGUCAUCGAAAAGUCACUUACCCGUCUGAAGGCGGAAGACAGGCAGCUUCCUCAAAUUCUCCGCCUUCGGGAACUCCUUAGCAGGGGCGUUGCUGUCCAUCACGGAGGUCUUCUGCCAAUUAUGAAGGAGAUUGUUGAGAUACUUUUCGCAAGGACACUGGUCAAGGUCUUGUUUGCAACAGAAACCUUCGCAAUGGGUCUGAAUCUUCCAACCAGGACCGUUGUCUUCUCUGGCUUCCGCAAGCAUGAUGGUAAAGCUUUCAGAGACCUGCUUCCUGGAGAGUAUACACAGAUGGCCGGUAGGGCUGGAAGAAGAGGUCUCGAUACCGUUGGCUAUGUUAUCAUCGUCGCUGCAGGUAGAGAUGAGGCUCCCCCGGCUGGUACCCUUAGGAAAAUGAUUCUAGGAGACCCGACCAAGCUGCGAUCACAGUUCAGAUUGACUUACAACAUGAUUCUGAACCUUCUUCGCGUGGAAGCUCUCAAGAUCGAGGAGAUGAUCAAGCGGAGUUUCAGUGAGAAUGCCACACAGGCCCUUUUACCAGAACACGAGAAGCAAGUUCAGCUGUCCGAAGCAAGUCUGGCUAAGAUAAAGCGAGAGCCUUGCAGCAUAUGUGAUGUGGACCUGGCAGAAUGUCACCAAGCAGCUAUGGAGUACGAGAAACUGACUUCUGAGCUCCAUGUUGGAUUGAUCGCAUCGCCAGUGGGAAGGCGCCUAUUCAUGCCAAAACGGCUUGUGGUGUAUCGAAAGGAUGGGAUCCGCACCGCGGGAAUCAUUGUCCGGGAAGGAGUGUCGACAGCAGGACCGGUUCCCAAUAUACAAGUUCUGGAGAUUGGCACGCUAAGCGCGAAACGAGAUCCCAGCGAUAUCCUUCCCUUCCUACCUACUUUCCGGCAUCUAUUCAGAUCUUUGCCCACGCGUUCUGCAGAUAUGACACUGAAGGUAGUCAGGAUACCUCUUACUGAUUUGGAGUGUGUCACCAACACCAUGGUUAAGAUCGGUGGUCCAAUGUGGUAUCUGAACAUUAAGAAAGAAGCCGUCAAGUUUGGUGAUAAGGUCUUGUCUGGGUUAUGUUCCACGUGGACUAGCGAGACCUGGGAUGAACUAGAUUGGGGCCGUGUCAAGGAAUUACAAGUCAGGGAUAUACUCGAGAAACGUCAAGCUCAGGCAGCCAUCGCCCAGUCGUGUCAGUGCCUGGGCUGUCCCAAUUUCUUGAAACAUUUCGAAAUGCAACACGACGAAUGGCAGGUCAAGGAAAAUAUCUCGCAGCUUAAGCAACUAAUGUCGGACCAGAACCUUCAGCUCCUGCCUGAUUACCAGCAGCGCAUCCAGGUUUUGAAAGACCUGGGAUUCAUAGAUGAGGAGUGUAGGGUCCAGUUGAAGGGCAAAGUUGCCUGUGAGAUUCAUUCGGCCGAUGAGCUCGUGCUGACGGAGCUUAUUCUCGAAAACGUGCUUGCGGAAUAUGAGCCUGAAGAGAUCGUGGCCUUACUGUCAGCUUUCGUGUUCCAGGAGAAGACGGAGCACGUGCCCACAUUAACUCCCCGGCUCGAACGCGGCAAAGAGGCUAUCAUCAGGAUAUCCGACAAGGUCAACGACUAUCAAAUCCAGCAUCAGGUCAUCCUCUCGAGCGAGGAUAGCAACGAUUUCGCCAGCAAGCCGCGCUUUAGCCUUGUGGAGGUAGUGUAUGAAUGGGCCAAGGGUAUGUCAUUCAACCGCAUUACGGACUUGACGGAUGUGAUGGAAGGCACCAUUGUUCGGGUGAUCACUCGUCUGGAUGAAACCUGUCGAGAAGUGAAGAGUGCUGCCAAGCUAGUGGGCGAUCCAUCCCUCUACGCCAAGAUGCAGCAGGCGCAGGAAAUGAUCAAGAGAGAUGUGAUUUUCGCCGCGUCUCUGUAUAUGUAGCGACCGCAUCAGACGCAUUAACUUCGGAUGAUGAUACUUCGACUUUCUCUAGAAAG